CCGACCUCGCUCAAUCUGUCCCUACGAAGCAACGUUGUGGAUACGUACAGCCCUAAGAUGAAUUUUCAGGUUCUGGCUUGUGUUCUGGGUACGGUGGGGCUAGCCGCAGCUGUCCCUGUUCCAUCUACGCCUCAACAAGUUCCCAGCGUAAAUGAUAAUGCGCUGGACUCGGAGGUACUUUCAGAAGUCGCUGCUCUCACCUCCAAGUUCCUCCCUGCCCUAAGAGAGGCCUUCAACAACGAGGAAGGGACACGAUGGGUAGGAUCAACAGAAUCAGUCAAUCCUUCCUCCCACUGGCUCGAGCCGUUGUUAAGUACAGAAGUGAUACUGAGGAUAACUACAACGUUGACUCCAGCCAAAAGCAGCAGGAGGCUGCGGAAGCCGUAGUUCCGGUGCUGCUGGACUUAGUCAAACUCCUCGUGGAGAUAAUGCCGCAGGUGCCGCAACAAACCAAUUUUAACGUACAAGAUUUAAAGCUUCCUACCAUCGACAGCGAGUUCGUUCCUGACCAAACGAUCCCUGAGGUCAAGAUUCCAGCUACUAAAUUUGUACCAGAAAUUGUUAUUCCCGAAAUCAAGAUUCAAUAGUUGUGAAAAUAUUUUGAUACCAAGAAAAAAAGAAAUUAAGAACAUGGCAACAAUGUUGAUGGCAAAAUAAUCAGAUGCCAUCGUUUACUUAAUAUUCGACACUGCGUUAUUUUCACUAUUUUGGAUAAAAAUAAAAUGCAUAUUCGUCUUAUAUAUCGGGCAUUAUAAUUACGUGGCAUUAGACUAAUUAACAUUGUCCAUCCAUACUUGCACCUGUUGCUCAAAGAACCAAUUCUGGUCACAAUAGUGUCGAUUAUGAUGUCAUGGCGUAAUCCUUGGUAACAGAUACCGAGAAACUGGUUUAGAAUGACACGUGAGCAAACACUAGGACCUUGAUUAAGGUCCCAGGACCGAAACGUCGUUUUAUAAUAAAUAUGUCCUACUGUUUGCUCGCUAGUCUUUCUAAACCAUGAUCAGGUGAUGCAUAACAGGACGCAGCGCCUGACUCUUCCAGUGGAAACAAUAUAUCAACCUGUGUCACUUGAUACUAAGGAUUAAGAAAACGUACCAAAAACGGGAAGGGUAAUUUAACAGUGACUACUCUCAAAUAUCUUUCACUUUCACUCUCUUAAUGAUUACACAAGGACGGGGGAGGUAAGGGGGGGGGGAAUGGACAGUCACUCUGAUAUUAUACAUAUCUUGCGUAUUCUGCUGACUGGCCAGACUGAAUGACUGUAUUUAUAACAGAAGCCCCAUUUUUACCUCAAAUACACUACACGAGAUUUAUAUCGGUGUGCCUCGGGCGCUCAGUGACUUAUGUCUAUACCUGUCUUACCAGUACACACACACACACACACACACAUACACACACA